AUGGCAACCGCACCACAACUGAAGACAUCUCAGCACAAGACUCAGCUGUUUCCCGACCAGAUUGUGUCUGCGAAGCAGUCUCUCACUUACAUGAAACUUCUCCUGGCUACCGGAGUGUCAGGCAUUAUGUACCUUCGUGGAUUUUUUCCAGCAAGUGCCUACAGGACAAGUUACAUUCAAGAUCAGAGAGUUAUGGUGCUUAGAGCCGAGAACAGUUGUCCUCCCGCCUGUCAGCUUGUCGAGUGGUUGAAGGGGUGCUUUGAUGCCAUCCAGAUGAAAUAUCUGCGGUCUGUCAUCCUGACUCUUUCUUCAGAACCGAACGACCCGCAGAAAGUGACAGAAUUUUAUCACUUCAGGAUUCAUUAUAACACUGUCGGGGCACAAUUGGACUUUGAAAGGUGUUGUUCUUCGUCCAGCACUCAAAACCAAGAUGUCGCCUCAUUCGGCAACACCAAGUUGGCUAGUGUCAUGCUGGUGAGGAAGCUCUACAUGCUGAUACAGCAUCUCGGCCCUCUGCCCAGCAAAGUCUUCCUCAACAUGAAGUUGACUUACUACGAUAGCGUCACGCCGCGAGACUACCAGCCACGGGGCUUCCAAGAGGCGGACGGCGACCUGCUGGUGUUUGAGCGGGAGCCCGUCAAACUUGAAAUCGGCGAGGUGAUCACUCCCUUCCACUGCUUCAAGUUGGACAUGGGCACAGAGAGACACAGGAUGGAACCGGUGGAAGAGCUCCCUAACCGGAAAAACAAAUGGUUUCUUAAGAUUAGACAUGAUGGCAGCCUGUCGCAGAGGUCUGAGGUUGAAGAAGUGGACGAAACACCCGAAAACGACAACACAGAUGACAAUUCACCAGAGAUGGAUCUCAGCUACAAUGAGAAAGUGGACAGUUAUGAGGUCACUACGGCAGAGGAAGUCGUGGCAGAGGAGACAAACGACAUGGAAGCAGCCACGAUGACCACCAGGGAUCAGCAGUCUUCGGCAGAGGAGUUCGUGGCGGAGGAGACAAACGACAUGGAAGCGUCCACGAUGACCACCAGGGGUCGGCAGUCUUCGCAGGCCAAAAAAGCGAUGAACGUCAGAAAGCCACCAUAUCCAAAGAAAAACAAGGCAAACAAAGCGAUGAACAUCAAGGAGCAGGCAAAUCCAAAGAAAAACAAGGACGCAGACGAAGCGAUGAACGUCGGGAAGCAAGCAAAUCCAAAGAAAAACAAGGUUUGUCACUACAAAAUCCCCACCAGUCAAGAGUCUACCCGGAAGAAACGCAAGUUCAGCGAGUGCAAAGAGAACGUGUGA